AUGGCGAUCAUGUCGCUGGAGGCGUUGGGGAGGAGGAACGUGGCCGGCCCGCUCCUGCUGCUCAACCUCGUCCUGUACGUCUUCAUGAUGGGGUUCGCCAGCUGGGCGCUCAACAGCUUCGUCGACGGCCGCCGCCACCACCAGCAGUACUACCCACCAGGGCCGCGCAGCGCCGGCGAGGAGGCGACGCUCCAGUUCAUCCAGUUCGCGCUGCUGGCGGCCGUCGUCGGCGCGGCGGCGAAGGCCGCGACGGCGUUCCACGCGCGCGCGUGGCGGCCGCAGGGCCUCGCGGCCGCCGCGGCGCUGGGCACCGUCGCGUGGGCCGCCACCGCGCUCGCGUUCGGCCUCGCGUGCAAGGAGAUGCGCGCCGGCGCCGGCGCGGCGCGCGGGUGGCGGAUGCGCGCGCUGGAGGGGCUCACCACGGUGCUGGCGCUCACGCAGCUGCUGUACGUGGCGAUGCUGCACGCCGCCGUGGCCGGCGACCGCUGCCUGCCCGGGUGCCCCGCCGAGGACGACCAGGAGCAUCACAGGGGCGGCCCCACCUGCAGUGUCAUGUGA